GUGAUUUUGGGACGCUUGUGAUCCGAGUAGAAGGGUGUUUCUUGUCCGACUAAACGAUAUCUCCUGAUUUGUUCUUUUUGCUGAAGGGUUUGACAAGAAGACAUUGGACGACAGGAAAUCAAGGACGAGACUGAGACACGACGAGACAAGUAAAGGGGGAGAGAAAAUCCUGGACGCAGCUACAAGGUGCUACCACGAUCACAAGUCAACUGCAGCUCAAGCAAUAAAAGACGAUCCAACUUCCACGAAAACACACCACGAAACAACUACACCCACACUCUCGAAUAAAAAUCCUACCUCACCCAGCAUCAUCACAACUUUUCAACCUCCAACAACCCUCCGCGCCCAGCGCACCACCACACAACCACAACGAUGCCAUCAGCAAUCCCCCUCCCCCUCUCCCCCCCCUCUCCCCCCACCCUCCUCCAACCCCUCCUCACCGCCCUCCCCACCGGCUCCCUCCCCCACGCCCCCUCCCCUCUCCUCCCGCACCUCUCCCCCAUCCUCCGGCAACGCGUCAAGCUCCUCGCCUCGCCCACCACCCCCUGGCUCCCCCUCCUCACUUACGCCAGCGACGACACGGGGGAGAAGUUGAUUGCGCUCGCGCAUGGGGAGAAGUUCGAGCCGCACCCUGUGAGCGGGGAGGUGGAGGUCGAUGUUGAUUGGGAGGAUGGGAGGGAGGUGGGGGUUAGGUAUAGGAGGGUGGAUGCGGAGACGAUGUGGGCGAGGAUUGAGAUUGGGGGGGUCGGGUUGUGGGUUAGGUGUGUGUAUUGUGUUGGGGAUAGUGAGGGGCCGGUGGAUGGGUGGAGGAUUGGGGAGGUGGGGGUGCUGAAAAAUGAGGGGGAGAGUGAGGGUGAGUGGUUUGAAAGCCUAGAGGCGGCAGAACAGGCGUUUAAGGCAGGGAAGACGAAUGGGGAUGCGGCGGUGGUGAUUCCUACGGUUGCGGAGCCGGUACAGGAUGAUGGCGAUGAAGAUGAUGAUGCGGCGUAUUGGGCUCAAUAUGACGCUACGCCCGCUGCGACACCAGGGCCGGAUAACAGAUCUCCUGCGCCUGCGAGCGUGCGCCAGGCACCCGUGAGUGGGAAUACCCAAGUUGACGGUGGAGCCGAGGACGCAUACUUCGCACAGUACGCUGAUGUGCAGCCCGCGCUGGACGCACAUGAUCCCGACGAGGCGGGCGCAAAUGGGGAAGUGGAAUCGAGUCUUGGUGCACAGCAUGAGCGGGAGUUUGUGAGUCCUGCGGUGCAUAGCAACGGGAACGGGAAUGGUAUUACGGAAGUAGAACGGGCAGGGAGAGAGAGAGACGCGCAGCUUGAGCAGCCGCGGCCGCGCUCGGCGGAAUCGAGUACGAGUGGACGGUCUGCGGCGGUGGAGGUGUUAGAGGAUAAGGUGGAGAGAGAGGGGAGACAUGAUACUGCUGUGAGGCAGCAUAUCGGGGCUAGUGUGAAGAGUUUGUAUCGUCUGGCACGGGCGGCGGGGAUGGGGAGGGCGGAGUUUAGGGCGUUGGUUGAGACGGAGUUGGCGGUUGUGGGGGUGGAGGAGGACGAUGAUGAGGAGUAUGGGGGUGAGUAG